AUGGGCAAGCAUUCAUCUCCCUUGCACCCUUCACCCCGUGUUGUCCUCCGCCCCGCGCCUCCCCUCCAGGCCGAUCUCAAGAAGCGGCACUACAUGGUUGACAACAGGGAGCAGCCAAGCCUGAACCGCCUAGCCACCAUGCAAACCGCCCUCCAUACAGUCACACGCUUCACCCACAGCAUCAACUACACGGGGAUGCCCAUCCUGCUUACCUACUCGCCCGUGCAUGCCAAUGUUCGAAUCAACAGCUCUGCUCCCGAGCUCAGCUGUAGCUCCUACAUGCAGCCACUGGGGCCGGACGCCCUGCAAGGGGCACAGUGGGCUACAGACGCCCUAGAGGCUCGGAAUGCGCAGAUAGAGGCUGUAGCAAUGUGGACGGUGGGGCUGGAUACCCUGCAAGGGGCACAGUGGACUACCGGCGCGAAGUAG